CAACAUCCUAGGAUUCUCAAGUAGAACUGGAAAACAUAGAAGAACCAAUGGAUUCCGAUGCUCCAGUCAUACUACAGAGCGAAAAGUUAGCAAAGGGGUUUCAUGGGUACUAGUCCUGAAUCAGGCCAACUACUGUCAAUAUUGUUGAAGCUAUUGAAUGCCAAAAAGACGAUUGAAAUUGGAGUGUUUACUGGCUACUCUCUUCUUCUUACAGCUCUUAACAUUCCUCUUGAUGGAAAGAUUACAGCCAUAGAUAUUGACAGAAAAGCUUAUGAGGUUGGGUUACCAUUCAUCAAAAAGGCUGGAGUAGAGCACAAGAUUGAUUUUAUAGAGUCUCCAGCUCUGCCAAUUUUGGACAAACUAUUGCAAGAUCCUUCAAACUUGGGAACUUAUGACUUCGCCUUCAUUGAUGCUGACAAAUGGAGCUAUGUGAAGUACCAUGAGAGGCUCAUAAAUCUGGUGAAGGUUGGUGGGUUGCUUGUCUACGAUGACACACUCUUAGGUGGAUAUGUUGUGUGGCCUGAAGAGGAUGUUGAAGCUUCUCACAGACCAUAUCGAAAAGCUUUAAUCGAAGUCAACGACGCACUCGCCACAGACCCACGCGUUGAGAUCGCUCUUGCUUCUGUCGGAGACGGACUCACUAUUUGCAGGCGCAUUGCAUGAUAUACUUAAAUCAUACUUUCACUUUGAAUGUCAAACCUUAAUAAACUAUAUACGGAUAAAAACGACGAGUUAUUUGAUUAUUAGUACAUGGUUACUCACAUGAAAUUGUCUUAUGUGAAGACGAUAAAUAAAAACGGUUAGAUGACAUUUCAGUCAAACAUGUUAAAUCAUCUAAAGAUUCUCGUUUAACAACUUCAUGUGGUGACCACCUUAUUAGUACUAUGAUGUUUCAUUUGUACGUGUGGUGUCAUAUAACAGAAUCUUAAGAGACAGUUACUACUGAACCAUGGGAUAAUUGAUUUGUAGUAACCAUAUAUAUAUCAAACAAAAUAAGGUUGUAUGCUUCGUGUUUGUGGCCUGCUGUUAAACGAAAAUGAUGAAUUAAUUUACUAUUUUGGCAGAUAUUUAUUUUCACAAAUUCUUCAUAGAUUUCCAAAAGAUAAAACAGACAAAUGUUGGUCAAAGAAGAGACUGUUAAACAUUUGGUUAAAAUGAAGUAAAAGAAAAUACCAUUGUAUCAUUAUAUUUGAUUCAGAACCAUAUAUACAAUCAAGAACACAAGUACAGGCACAGCAAUAUGAUUCAGAAGAACAAAUAAGGUCUGAAUUGUGAUAUAUCUUUUCCUCCAACAUGAAAUUUGGCCAUCAGUUGGAAAAAAAGAUAAAAAUAUACUGACUUGCAAAGUUGAUGAACUUUCAAGU